AUGGUUAACCGGGAAAUAGCUGUGAAGCCAAAGAAAAAAGUGGCCACCAAACAUGCCGUCACCUAUCUCUAUGGCUGUUUUCACAUUAUGGGCAUCCAUCCGGGUAAAACUAACCCCCAGCUAUAUAUCCUCUAUGCCUUGGUAAUCCAUACGAUGACAACGAUUUUUACCCCAAUUUCAUUUACCACCAGUUAUUUCAUUCGAUCCGAUACCGAUACCUUCAAUGUGGGCGUAUUCCUAACCUCUGUACAGGCGGUCAUCAACGUCUAUGGCUGUGCUGUGAAAAUGUUGCUCUUGGUCUAUUACAAAAGCAAAUUGGAGGCUGCCGAAAAAUUAAUGGACAAAAUGGAUGAACAUUGUCGGGCCGAAGAUGAGGUCCAAGAAUUAUAUACAGUACGCAAUUUGGGUAGGCGGAUAGUUUUGGGUUAUUGUACCGCCUAUUGGAUCUACACGACAAUGACAUAUAUUGCGGCCUUGAUUUCGGGAGUGCCUUCGUAUUCGUUGAAUCUCUUUGUUAUACAAUGGAGACGUUCGAAAUGGGAAUUUUAUGUGGCUUCGUUUAUUGAAUAUAUCCUGACGAGUUGGACAUGUUUCCAGCAGGUGGCCAAUGAUUCGUAUGGUACGGUAUAUGUUUGUAUAUUGCGGGCCCAUGUGAGAAUUCUUUUGCUGAGAAUACGUAAAAUGUGUUCGCAGAGCGAUCAAACGGCCGAGCAAAAUUUGGAGGAGCUGAAAAGUGUUAUCAAGGAUCACAAGGAUUUGAUACAGCUCUACAAUGCCAUCUCACCGGUCAUUUCGCAAACGAUUUUUCUACAAUUUUCCAUAACCGCCAUAAUAUUGGGUAUAACCCUAAUUAAUAUUGCCAUAUUUUCGACAACAAUUGCUGCUGUGGCCGCCUCCUCAUUUUAUGUUAUCGCCGUUGUUGUGGAAAUAUUCCCGUUAUGCUAUUAUGCCAAUUGCCUAUUGUACGAUAGCGAUACAUUGGCAACGGAAAUAUUCCAUUCGGCGUGGAUUGAUCGGGAUCAACGUUAUCGUAAGAUGUUGAUCUUUUUUAUACAACGGACCCAGAAAAGUAUGGAACUGUGGGCAGGGAAAAUGUUUCCCAUCAAUUUGAAUAGUUUUAUAAGUAUUGCCAAAUUUUCAUUUUCCCUUUACACGCUAAUCAAACAAAUGGGCAUUAAGGAGCGUUUGGAUUUAUAA